AUGUUUGGUUUUGUAGCAAUAUUUUUUGGUUUAGUUCUCCUUACAAGUGAGAGCAUUUGUUCAUUACCAUUGUUUUGGUGUUAUGAGGUUCAAUGGUGGGGCCUAGUUACUCUAUAUGGGGCCACUGCCUCCUUGUUAAGAAGGAAAGCUGCCAUGAUUCUUGAUGAUGGUGACAUUGAUGGGCAUAACCAGAUUAUUGGAAUAGAAAUGUUGGAAUUUGGUGAUGUGGAAAUGACACCGGAUGUUGAGAGACGAAUUAAUCAAGGGUUUAGAUCAUGGAUGGGAACAUCGUAUUUGUCUUCUGAUGAUGAAGAUGAAGAUGAAAAUGGUUAGAUUUUGAAGGCAAAGAGUGUUAGAUUCAUAGAUAUGUACAAGAAAUAGUAAUUAUAGAGACCAAAAUUAAACCAACAAUUUGUAUCAUAGCCGAAAGUUGCAACAUAGUUUUGUAGAAAUUGAGAACCCCAAUAUCAUUUUGAUUUGAUGCUA